UUGAAAUCAAGAACAUGUCUUACACAAGAACGUCUUAGUUGGGCUCCAGAUCCAUCUUUUUCAGAGAAAUCGAAGAAAAGCAAAAAGAAAGGAGGACGUAAAAACAAAAGUUCAUCGAGAAGGAAGUUUGAUUAUCCGGAUCCAGCUACAUCGACAUCUGCUGACAUGUGUGCAGCUCUUGACAUUCAAGAUGUAACGAUAGAAUACACUGAAGAGGACUACAGCACUAUCACCAAUCUCAAGAGUUUCAUUAAUCGCGUACGUCCCACAAUCCUUGAGUCUAAUCCCAAGUGCAAUGCCACGAAGGUCUAUCCUCUCAUACAAGUGAAGUACCGCGAGUUUCAAGAAGACUUAGCAGCUCAAGGACGAUCUCAAGCUGUAAAGAAGGCGGAGAAACGUCCAAAGCCGCCGGUGGAACAGGAUAAGCUGGUAGCUCCCAUCAAGAUCCGCAUUUCCGCUCGAAAAAAGAGGAGAAACGAUUCAGAUGAAGAUGGAGGUGCUGCAGAUAGUGAUCAAGAAUUCGAAUCUCUUUUGAAACAACAUGAACAUCAGCUUGAUGAGGAAGAAAAGGAAAAGGAGGAACGAAAGGCCAGCCGUGCGGCACAACGCGCCGACAGGAAGAAGCAAGCGAUCGAGAGGCUUCAAGCGAAUCGACGGGCUAAAAAGGCAAAAGGAGAAGAGGAGGAAGUCUCUGAUGUUCCUCCAUCAUAUAUUUGA